AUGGUUGUCCCAGCGGUGGGCAUCGACCUGGGCACCACCUACUCCUGUGUGGGGGUGUUCGAGCACAGCAAGGUAGAGAUCAUCGCGAACGACCAAGGCAACAGAACCACACCUUCCUACGUCGCUUUUACUGACACUGAAAGGCUUAUUGGGGAUGCUGCAAAAAACCAGGCUGCGAUGAAUCCUAGAAAUACAGUUUUUGAUGCGAAACGUCUCAUUGGUCGAAAAUUUGAUGACCCAAAAAUUCAACAGGACCUGAGACAAUGGCCCUUCGAAGUGAUUUCUGAUGGCGGAAAGCCUAAAAUCGUUGUUGAAUACAAAAAACAAAAAAGGCAGUUUUCUCCUGAGGAAAUUUCGUCAAUGGUCUUAACUAAAAUGAAGGAGACUGCAGAAACAUACCUAGGUGGAACAGUGAAAGAUGUGGUUAUAACCGUUCCAGCGUAUUUCAAUGACUCACAAAGACAAGCAACUAAGGAUGCUGGAACUAUUGCAGCUUUAAAUGUUCUUAGGAUUAUCAAUGAACCUACAGCAGCUGCGUUGGCAUACGGCCUAGACAAGAACUUGAAGGGGGAGAAGAAUAUUCUUAUUUUUGACCUUGGAGGAGGUACGUUUGACGUAUCGAUUCUUCAAAUAGCCGAAGGAUCUUUAUUUGAAGUAAAAUCAACAGCUGGUGACACUCAUCUAGGGGGAGAAGAUUUUGAUAGCAGGAUGGUAAGUCAUUUUUGUCAGGAAUUUGAGAAAAAAUAUAAGAAGAAUAUUAAAGAUAAUCCCAAGGCUUUGAGACGUCUCCGCACAGCAUGUGAAAGAGCCAAACGAACUCUGUCAUCGAGCACCGAAGCAAGCAUUGAAAUAGAUGCAUUACACGACGGCAUUGAUUUUUACUCUAAAAUUACAAGAGCUAGAUUCGAAGAAUUGUGUUCCGAUUUGUUCAGACAAACUAUAAGUCCAGUUGAAAGAGCUUUAAAAGAUGCAGGAUUAAACACACGAGAGAUUCAUGAUGUUGUCAUGGUGGGAGGCUCAACGCGUAUUCCUAAAGUACAAAGACUUCUGCAGGAAUUUUUCAGUGGAAAAACGCUCAAUCUCUCGAUAAACCCAGAUGAGGCAGUAGCUUAUGGAGCCGCAGUUCAAGCAGCGAUCCUGACUGGUUCAAAAGACACUCGUAUUCAGGACGUAUUACUCGUGGACGUUACCCCAUUGUCCCUCGGUAUAGAAACGGCCGGUGGAGUAAUGACACGAUUAGUGGAAAGAAACUCAAGAAUACCAACAGAACAAAAGCAGAUUUUUAGUACCUACUCCGACAAUCAACCAGCGGUAACUAUUCAGAUUUAUGAAGGCGAAAGAGCAAUGACUAAAGAUAACAAUCUUUUGGGCACCUUCAAUUUAACUGGCAUACCACCAGCUCCUAGAGGCGUGCCACAAAUUGAGGUAACGUUUGACAUCGAUGCAAAUGGGAUAUUAAAUGUAAGUGCCCACGACAAAAGCACAGGGCGCUCUGAACAGAUCACUAUUUCAAACGACAAAGGGCGUCUCAGCAAGAAGGAUAUCGAGAAGAUGCUCCAAGAUGCUGAAAAAUUUAAAGCAGAAGACGAAGUUGCCAGAAAAAGGGUUGAAGUCAGAAAUCAAUUAGAAGGAUAUAUUUUUGGAUGUAAAACAGCAGUAGAAAACUCAAGCAGUCGUUUGACGAAUGACGAAAGGAAUGCGGUAUUGUCUGAAUGUAAUGAACAGCUACGCUGGCUUGAAGCUAACCCUGAUGCCUCUAAAGCAGAGCUUGAACGGCGGUUGCAAAAUGCCCAGAAAAUCUGCCAACCAGCCAUGAUGAAGUUACACGGAGCAGUGGGAGGUGGAGGUCCUAGUUGUGCCAGGCCUUUGAGCUCUGAAGGGCCUAGAGUUGAAGAAAUAGACUGA